GGGGGGCUGUUAAACGUCAAAGACAGCACAGAGUCUUUUGCCACGUAAUUACGAGAGCCUUUCAGCUUCAUCUUCUCUCCCAGGGGUCUCCAUUUUUCAUUUACAAUCCACUCCACUGCAUGCCAGUGCGCGCAGCGUUUGAAGUGCCAGAGCGUGCGUUCCCGUGUAUGCGUGUGCAUGAUUGAACAGAGAACGGCGUGGAGCAGAGGAGAGAGCCAACAGCUUCGGGAAGGCGGCGGAGUGUCCAGCCUCCUCUUGCAUUUAGCCAGCCCGCUUUACGCACAUGCAUCUGUAAGGCAUCAGCACUUCUGGAUUCGCACUCAGUCAACAACUGCGUGGAGCUCGUGGAGUUUUUCCCCUAUGAACCACCGUGCUGAGCAAACUUUUGCAGAUUUUAUUGCGUGAAAGGAUUCAACAUAGUUCAUGGACUUCACAGUUAUAUUAAGUUCCACAAAGUUACAUAGACUUGAAACGCUUACACCUGGAUUUACGUUAUAGGUAGCUAUCAUAGAGAACACCAGUCGUCAUCUCGAGUCGCUUUGGAGGCGCUGCUUUAUAUGAGUUUGUUUUCAAAUAUAUGCAAGGAGGAUCCGUUUGGUCAACCUAAUACCGCGGCACCGCUUUUUUCUCUUGUUUCGUAUUUGCGUCAUGACUUCUAGCUAUGCACAUGUAAUGGACAGACAAGCAACCAUAUCCAGCAGACUGGAGAGUCCCAUUACAGCCAACCUGGAAAACCUGCAGGCCAAAAAGAACUUCUCGGUGAGCCAUCUGUUGGAUCUAGAGGAGGCCAGGGAAAUGGUCGGAUCUCAGACGGACGAGAAUGUGGGAGACGCGGGCAGGACUAUGCUGGAAUCUCCCGGUUUAACAAGUGGCAGCGACACAACGCAGCAAGAGAAUGAGCAGCUAAACUCAGAAGAGAAGAAGAAGAGGAAACAACGAAGGAACAGAACCACGUUCAACAGCAGCCAGCUGCAGGCACUGGAGCGAGUGUUUGAGCGGACACACUACCCCGAUGCCUUUGUUAGAGAGGACCUGGCACGCAGGGUCAACCUCACUGAGGCUAGAGUUCAGGUGUGGUUUCAAAACAGACGGGCAAAGUUUCGACGUAAUGAGCGGGCGAUGCUGGCCAGUAAGAACGCCUCGCUCCUCAAAUCCUACUCGGGAGAUCUGACGGCCGUGGAGCAGCCCAUUGUUCCCCGGCCCGCACCACGUCCCAACGACUACCUUUCCUGGGGGAGUACCGCUCCAUACAGCUGGUACCCAAGGCCGGAGGGAGGGCCAAUGCGAAUGCCACAGAAAAUGCUGCCCACAGAAACGCAAUGGCAACCUACCCACCCACUUGUGCCAACGCCACUUCCACCCAGGGAAUGAACAUGGCCAACAGCAUCGCCAACCUGAGACUGAAAGCCAAAGAAUACAGCCUCAAUCAGGUGCCCACCGUCAACUAAACCUGAAAAAGAGGGAGAAGAAGGGACAGAAAGGAGCGAUGAGAAGAUCUCAGAGGAGCUUAUUUGAGAUUUUUUCGGCCUUCUGCACUGUCAGAACAUAGUGGAUAUGACCUGUCACCCCCUCCCACAACAAUGGAAUUGCAUUGUUGUCCCUUUCAUUUGGCUUUUGGCUUCAUCACAGAUGAAGGUAUGUUUCAAAGAAACUAAAUCUGAUUUUGUACUGAUCUGGAGACUGUAAAGACAGCACUAGGUCUGCUCCCCGGAGAACGAGUCAAUGAACAGGGCUCCACUAAAUCAGUACGAAGUAGCAGGCAGAGCGUCUGGAUACUGUAAGCUGUUCUUUCUUUGUUCUUUUCUGGCUUCGUUUUGGGUCAACUGGAUGAAAAGUAAAGAAACUUUCAUGGCAAACAAUGAAGGACUGUUGUUCGCAACAGAGCGAUUGAAAUUACACCGGGAGUGUAUGUGCCUGAGUUAAAUGCCGAGAUCUGGCAAAGAAUCACCCCAAAAUGUGCUCAGUUUUUACGUAUUGGGAAUAAAGACUCAUUUGUGGACUAGUCGGCGACAACUCUAGACAUCAGAUGUUAAAUAGCAUCAGUGCAAAAGGAAGGGCUGAGGUCAAAUUGCAACAUCUUUUAAUGUCGGUUCUUAAAUAUUGCACCACUGUUUAGGGUUAAAUGAUGUUCCCCAUAGUGAAUAAUGUAUAUGCUUACAGUGCGUUUCAGUUGUUCCGUAGGUUUCGAGUUGUUUUAUUUCUUUUAGACCAAUUUUUCUUUCUUAUAGUUUGAAACCAUAUAGUAAUAAAAGCAUUUUCAAGCAAUGUCUCUUAUACUAGUGUGUUGAAUUCUGCAUUUCAAGACUUGCAACAUUGUUUGGAACUGUUGCAGGCAACAGUGUAAAUACAUCAUGACAGAAUGUAUUACUUUUUCAUGUCAGUCAAAACACCAACAAUAAAGAAAAUCCAUUGUUAUGAAAUAAAUAACUCAAAAUAACUUAUA